GUACGCACUAAGUUGCUUUGGAGAGCGUUUGAGGAAUUUCAAACAAACUCGUAAAUGGAGAAACUAUAAUAAGCAACCUAUUGAAUGGAGGGUGAUUCACUAAAAGAUCUAGCGGCAGCAAAACUUACAGCCGAAAUUUUUGAAAAGAAAGUAAGUUUUACGGUGAAAGAUAAGAAGCAUUUAUUUCUCCUUGAUAUUCUGAAACAACUCAUUUUUAUAUUUCCCGGAUAAAACUAGAAUACACUCAUUUACUUUACUUAACUCAGUCUCCAAACAUUUACAAACUGCUUUGUCUGAAUGUUUACCUCAAGACAAAUAUAAUUUACUUUAGGUAGUCUGUCCGUGGUUGACUGUUAUAUAUACUCCUCACAAUCAUUGAUUAUUGUAAAUGUCUCUUGACAAUUAAUGUAAUGUACUCUGUUUUAUAAUAAACAGAAAGCUCUAAAGCUACAUACUUCGGACGAUUCCACAGUAUAACGUGCUCAGAAAGACAUGAAUUCCGCCAAAACGUGAUUCUGAAUCACAUAAGACAGAAACGCUAAGAAGUAGAACCUAAAAUUGCUCAUAAAUCAUGAUGUGUUUAUUAAGAAACUUUAUUUAUUAGAUAAAAAUAUGUAUUCACUCUGACGUUAGACUUCAUUGGCUCAUCUCACUCUAUAAUUUACUAAUCCUUGAGUAGAUAUGUAUCCUGGAUUGAUUUUGUACAUAUCCUUUGUCUUAAUACAUAUGAUUCAACUUAAAAUGUCAAAUAAUAAUAGUGUUGUAAACGCACAUAUCUUGAGCAUUCUUAUAAGCAAUGAGUUAAACAGAACUCGAUCUAUAUUUACAACGAAACAGUGAAUAAAAUAUAAGUAAGUAGGUAGACAUAGAUACACAGGGAAGAGUACAUGCAUAUAAAAAGGUACAGUAAGAGAAGUGAAAAAUUACGCCUACGAAAAUAACUAUAUUAAGCCCGACAACGAUAAAUGUAGAGGAAUGUACUUGAACACAAUUUCAUAAGAUACACGAUCAGAUUAAAAUGGCACAUUUACUGAUCAACCUGGAACAGGUUUCAUACUAUUGUAAUUAGAAGUGCCACAAGGAACAGAACAUAAAUCAUUGUCACAGUAGGACAUCUCAAUAAAACAUGAAAUGCGAAGACAUAGUAAAGUCCCCUUCUAAUAUAAGGUUAAAAAAAAUAAAAUACUAACAAAUCAUGAACAAUGAAAAUAUUAUGCCCUCCAUCUCCUGCUACCUGUAAAACUAUCAUUAUGUUUUACUUGUUGCUGUUGCAUUUACAUGAUGUAUAAUGAUAAUCGUCAGGAGAAUAAUUCCACUUGGUUUUUGUGGUAAGUUCAUGUUAAUAUUCAUUUUUCUGUGAUAACUGUUCAACCAGUAAGUACUAGUCAUUAAACUUUUAAAAAAAUUUUUAUCAUCAAAUUAACUCAAUAUUUUUUGUGUAUACUGGGCUCUGUAUUCAAAUUUUAAUAUGCUUAAACAGUCUGCUUAGACUCAGUUUUCUUUCAUUGUAACUUGAAAUGUAUCACAAACCCUACUUCUCAAAAACAAUAAUUUACUUCCUUACUUUUAUAUCAUUCCUCAUAUGUUUUGUAAAUCGAGUACCAUGAAAUAGAAUAUGAAAAAGAGAAAUAUCGUGAAGAAGCUCGUCUAGCUAAAAAUCAUUUAGAAUUAACAGAAACUGCCCUGAAGAAUGCUGAGGAAAAACUUAAAGAGUAUCAAAAGAACAUUAAAAAGUUAGAAAAUGAUCUACACACUUAUGAAUUAUUAAAACAUCGAAGCCAGGCAGCCGUAGUUGGGCUACAAAAAGUAGCGAGAGAGUCUCAAGACAAUGUUAUUCAUUUAGAAACACGUCUGAGGUAAGUUUUGAAUGAAUAAUGCCCAUAGAUAUUAAAGUUUGUUAGCUUGAUAUUGGUUAAUUCAAUAACAGUAAUCACAGUCUGAAACCAAUAUGGACGGAUAUUAUUUCAUAGACCUCAAAGUCCAUUGAAGUUGACAAAGAUAUUAUAGACAUGACAUAUAUAUACAAUCACUAAGAGGUGACUAUUUUAAUGACAAGUGUUUCACUUAGCAUAACACGUAUUUUUACUUGUCUACUCAAAAUAGAUUACUUCAAAUGAACUUCGUCAAUUGUGCAUACAAGGAUUGUUAACAGUGUGUGUAUACUGAAAAACGUGCAGACAAAAAGUGAACCAUAUUUUUUUGCCCGAAUGUAUUGAAACUUUUACUGGCUUCAAUGUCAGUCAGUCAGUAACAACAUAGAACUUCAUACGCACGUACAUCAGUUCGAGUUUCCAAACCACAUUAGCACAGAGAUGCUGUUGUCGAUUCAAAUCCCGUAAUGAUAGAGGUAGUAGGAGUAUAAGCAGUAAUCCGGAAGAUUAGGGUUUGAAGAUGUUAUUCAAGAAUUAUAAUCCAGUGAAAUAAAUUUGGAAAGAGGAAAAAGAAAGGGACAUGAAGAAUUCAAAAGAUUAGAAUUUGGGAGAACACAAAGAGUAGAUGCACCUGCGCCAUUGCAAACAAUUUUGAGCCAUAUCAUCCAGAGUCUCUAACCAUCGGUUGCUAUCAUCUCGCGGUCCCCAACCAGGUAGUCUACACCAACCAACAUGGCCUGGUCCACUUGUCAGUGACUUCAUGGACUUGUGCCAUGUUUUGGUCUGGCCGCCCCUAGCUUCCUUCCAACCUACUCCUAUACCAUUGAAGACCACAUGCCGGGGCAGUCGGUGAUUGGGCAUACGUAAGACGUGUCUCAGCCAUCUCAACUGAUGAAGUUUCACUACUUGAUCAAUUUAUUUGCCACCCUUACCUAGUAUCCGUUUCCUAACAACUGCGUUACUUACUCGAUGUUCCCAGGAUAUACGAGCAAUGUUUCAAAGACACCUAUGAUCAAAUACUAGUAGCCCACGGAUAUCCUCUACUCUUACUGGCUAUGUUUCACUGUCAUAAAGUAGGAUGGAACGAACUGCUGCGCAGUAAACACAACCUUUGGUUGAUAGACGGAUAUCUCGCCUACUGUGAGAUUGAUAAUUAAAACUGAUAACAUGAUAUCUAAUUAAAAUUAACUAUGUUCAAUACUAUUCAUUUUAAUUUCUUAGCUUUGGGACAACAUAAUAUCUUAAAAUAAACAUGACUGUUAAGUAUGGAUGAUGAUUAAGUUUUAGCAACUUAGUAAGCUCAUUUAAAAGCACUGAAACAUUCAUAUCAUUGUUUAAGUUACUAUGUACUUCAAAUAAUGUUUGAUUACGAAACAAAUAUUACUCCCAUUCUUUCUAUUAAGUGUAAAUAUUCCAAACUUCUCUCGUUAUUUAACAGAAAUCUAACGGAAAGUCAAAAUUCUGAACAAAAAGAUCUUCAAAAAAAGAUUGAUGAAUUCAACAAAUUUCGUUUAGAACUUGGACGUCGAAUUGGUUUAUCUGAAAUGAAUGCAGACCUUGCUAAUGUUAUGGAAAAAGUUUCACAGCGUUUAGAUGAAGCGGCUCUACUUGAACUUAAAUGUACACAGAAUACAUCUAAUUUGAAUAGAACCAUUACAGAAUUAAAUUCAAUAAAACGAAGUACAGAUGAGGUGACCAAGAGAAGUGAAGAAUACCUACAAGAAAGGAAAAUACUUAAUGAAAAAAUAAAUUUGCUUGAGGCCAAAAAUGCAGAUUUAACUUCACAAUUAACAUUAUUACAAAAUAUGUCACAAGCAAAAGAAAUUAUCAUUAAAGAUCUACGUAAUCAAAUAGAUGGAUUACAAAAUAAUAAACAACUAAUUGAAGAAAGAAAUAAACAAACUGCAUUCAAGCUUCAAAUUGAAAGUACACAAAUGAAAGCUUUAUUAACAUCACUUUCUGCAUCUUUAUCAACAAUUGAUAAACCAUGUGAACCAACUGAAAUAGGUGUCAAAGAAUCUAUAGUGAGAAUUUUAGAUCAAAAUGUUCAAAUGCGUGAGGCUGGAAAUAAUUUUCAAAGUAAAGUACUUGAACUUCAAAAUCAAUUUGAAGCGCAACAUAAAGCUGGUUUAGCAAUGAAUACAGAAUUGAAACAGGCAAGAGAACGAGUACAACAAGCUGAAACUGAUUGUGCACGAAUAGAAACUGAGUUAUCAGGUCUUCAUCUUCUAUACAAGCAAGAUCAGGAAUUAAAAGAGAAAGUGAAAUCGUUGUUGAUCCAACUGUGCGAUUAUUUGAGCAUACAAAUCGAUCAUCAAGAGGCUAAACCAACUGAAAUGAUUUCAGCUUGUCUAGAUCGUAUUGAGCAUCUAUUAAAUAGAGGUUGCUUACCAUGGGUAUGUGUUCAGUCAAGUGAAAUACGUGAUCAUCAUCAUUUUAAAAAUCAUGAACCAUUAGUUCCAAAUGAACAAUUUGUUCGGAAUUCUGAUAAUUCAAAUAAAUGUUUACAUGAUCUAGAAUGUCAUCAGUCACAUUUACCAUGCCAUUUACAGAUGAGCAAGGAGCUGUCAGAAAAUGAUUGUGAUCAUAAACAGAUUGAAUAUAUAACAGAUCAAAUUAUAAUGAAACAAGGUCAGUUAUCAUUAAAAGAUUGGCGAUCAAUCAAAAACUUGUGUAACUUAUGUAAUGAGAAAUUAAUAAAAUGUUUUUCUGAUCAACUGAGUGAAUUAUUCGAACAAAUAACAGAAAUUCAUAAGGCAAAUGCACAAAAUCCGAAGUGUAAUGACCAAAUUUUAGCUAAAUUACAAGAAGAACUUGAAAGUAAACAGAUAGAAUUGAAUGAUGUCAAAAAUAACUUCGAAUCACAAAUUUCAGAUAGAGAUAAACAAAUUGAAAAAUUGAAUGGAUCUUUGAAACUUCAAAUACAAAAAACGGAGAAAUUUCAAAAAUUAAUUGAACAACAACAUUCAAAUUCACAAAAUAAACAUGAAGCAUUUAAAAUGGCAAAAAGUUUAUUAGUUAAUGUACAUGCUAAAAAGAAAGAACUCGGGACAUUUCGGGAUCUUAUCGGAAGAAUGCUGGAUGUGGAUACGCGAUUUUCUCCAAAUCCUGAUAUGAUGAUAUUUCAACGACUUCAACAACUGAUAGACUUUGCAGUUUCUAGCCGUUUAACAUCAAUUCAACCUAAUAUAACAACCUCAUUUAGUAACACCCCUAAUAAUACAUUUUAUCCUUUUAUAAAUUCUUCGAAAUCAACAAUGAGUCAAAUCCCUAUUAAACCGUUAAGUUCUAUGUAUACAAACAACCUAACUCUACCGUCAUGGGAUAAACAUCGUGAAGGCCACUUGGACUUGCAGUCAGAACACCAAGGAAAAAUUAGGCCUACAUCAGAUGAAAUGACUCAAGCCGAAAGUGAGAAAAAACGAAUACACCGACAAAGUGUGCAAGAAAAUAAAUCAAAAGCCUCCACUAAAUCUACAUCUAAUGUACCGAAGAAAUCAGAAUCCCGCAUUCAAAAGGAUGACCGUCAAUACUAGGAAAAUAUUCACAUAACACUACUACCUCAGAAAGUAGGCACUUUAUUUAAAAUACCUCGAAAACACUUAUAAUACCAACAAUAGAUUAUUGCUC